GAGAGCACGAGGAAGUGUCUCUCUCUCUCAAUGCUGGCUGGAGAAAGGGAGAGUAAAAUAUGCUACAACGCUGAGCUACUCAGAGGGGGCUGUUAGACAGCUGAGAAGACAUGGAAGUGGAAGGAAUAGGUGACUUCAGAGUGCUCAGAGCAAAAUUUCAAAAUGAUUCCUGCUUUUCAAAGAUGGUGCCACAGCCAGCCAAGAAGCCUCCUGUGGAAAGUUUACACCUACCCAGCACCGACACACAGGGUGUGUCCAGUCCUAGAAUCCUAAACCACGGGAAAAUACCGAUAUCAGAACACGAGGAGAGAGUUUGUUUAGCUGUGCAUAGCUCAGAGCUCAUGCAGUCCAAACCUUUGCUAUUUCCUAGAGUCAAGCUUGGGAACUUGUAUGUAGCAGGAAAGAAUGAAGAGCCAAAGAAGAAAGUCUUGGAGAGAGCUGUCUGUGAAGAUGCAACUCCUAGAGGGGAUUCACAGAAACCCCGUCCACUUUCUUGCAUUUAUCAGCAGGCAGGUGUUAAUACAAAUUCAGAGGAAGCAUUGAUAAAAAACUCCUUUCGUCAUACUCUGCAGAUCUGGGAAAGUGCUUCAACUCAGGAUGACAGAAAAUGUGCAGGGUUUAUAACACCACAGGGUAUGAAUGGGAAUCAUUCUACUCCCUUACGGGCUUUGAACUCUACCAUCACAGCUGAGAACAGCAAAAUUAGAAGUGCAGGGAAGGAGCACGUCCUGGAUUUCUCUACUCCAAAGAACUCUUCACCCAGCAGAACUCCUGUACUUUCUCAGAAUGCAUCAUCUCUCCUUCCAUCCAGAGGCUACAAAAGAACUGAGCAAAACACGAAGGUGACUGGAUUCUCUCAGCUUGCUUAUGAUCCCCACAAGCCAAGUGAGAUCUCGCAGUAUCUGAAAGCACCAGAGUCUUUUCUCCAUCCUUCUGGCCCAGAAAAGCAACUUGAGGUCAAGAACAGAAAGCUUCCAAAAAUUAAACCACUCCCUUCAGUUCAAUCUCUUGGUUCUCCUCCGAAGAAACCGCUAAGGCCCCCAAAAGUCAACCUCUCUGCCUUCCGGCAGUCCGCUUUACAUGUUGGCAGAAGGAAUGAAACUGCUGCUGUAGAUGAUGACUACAUGACUCCUGAAAAGUGCUGGAGAUUUACUGUUAUCCUUAUCUGUCAGCGGAAAAUGAUUUUGAUCUUUUGUUCUGUUUAUGCAGCAGACCUAAGCGCUAAAUCUGAAGAACUACAUAAUUAUGAAGAAACCAUCUCCUAUGUGAAACAAUCUGGAAACUCUGUAACGACAUGUGCUCUUCAAGAUAUUGUUAAUUUAUCUAGCACAAGAAUCCAAGAGGAUGACAAGAAGCAGAAGAGUUUUCUGUUUGAUUCAUCCAGCACUGAACGAGUCACAAAGGAUGAAAAAGAAGACAAAUGGAAACUGGAUUUUGAUAGAGAAAGGCAACAGCAAGUGAAUAUGUCCACGAUUAGUGGCCGUGAGGACAUGCUACAUAAACCCCAAAUAAAUGAAGACCAUGAAGGUGGGAAAAGCAGGCUGCAAGUUAAGAAGGGAGAGGCAUCUGAUGUCCUACAGACUGAGAAAUGGCUGGCUAAAGAUAUGGUAGAACAUUCUGACUGCUUUCAAGGCAUCCACCCGCACGCAGAUGAAGAUGUGGUGGCUUCGAGUCGAAAGAUUCUGAAGCCAAUGCAGCCAGCAGAGGAUGUGUAUGAUGAUGUAGAAGGCAUAGAAAGUGCAAUGAGCCAAGCCUCUGAUGCCUUUAGCUCAUUCACAUCAGAUAGCUUUUCAGAAGACAAUUGUGACAAAAUAUAUGAGGAUAUUCACAAUGAAGAUCAUAAUCCACUCAAACUAGAUUUGGAUGGAAUAGAAAAGCUAAAGAAAUUUGGAAAGUUUUUCAAGAAAGACAAGCUUAAACUGAAGAAUGCCAAGAUGAAGGAAAACCACCGCAUGUUGUCCAGUUCCGUGCCAAACUUAGCAGAUGUGUCCCAUGAAAACACAGCCUAUGAUGAUACUAAGGUGGAUGGAAGAGAUGCAAAAGAGAAAGAUGACAAACACAAAAAUUGGAAGCAAAAAUUUCUGAUGCUGAAAGAUAAAGAUACAACAAGAAGCAGUGAAGAUACACAAAAGAACGUCUUCAAAGUCAAGAAAAAUAACAUAGAUCAGAGAAAGAAGGUGACAAAAGAAGAGAAGCUAUUUAGAGAGAAGUUCAUGUAUAAUAAGGAAAUCAAAGUCAUCAGUAUAGCAGUUGCACAGUGUUCUAAUGUCACCAGCAAAAGGAAACUUGAUUUACCAAUCAGAACUGGAGAACAACUGGAUGUUAUUGAUAUUACAGAAGAGAAUCAAGUAAUAUGUCGCAAUUCUGAGGGCAAAUAUGGUUAUGUGCUAUUGGAGCAUUUGAAUUUCAGACAUUAAUGCUGGUCACCUGAUGACGGCCAGUCUCUUCCUAUGGAGUCUUGUGAAGAACUUGCUUGAAGCUUUCCAAAGAUGGCGUGUCCAUACAUGCCAACUGCAGAGAGCUGAUAUGAAUGUAAAUUAAAAGUAUGGGUUUUAUCCAUUUAAAUUAAUCUAUUUAUCUUUAAAAAGAUUAUUACACACACAAGGUGUGUUUUGUUAACUAGUGCACACUGUUUAGUGAAUCAUCCCUCUGUGUACUACUUCUACUGCUGCAUAUUUUGUACAAGGUCUGUCUAGGUAGACAUUCAAUUAGCUUACCUGUUCAGUUCCUAUAUUUGUAUGUAACUUGGAUGGGCAGGGUAGGAUUAUGAAUUAUUAAGAAUAAUUUACAGUGCAUAAUGAUUCUUGUUGUUUGAAGUCUGCCUUGUUGUUGUCACUUUCUGUACAGUGUUGGAAAUGUAAUGUUCCCAAAGGAACUUUUGAUGCACUUCUACGCAAAUUAUGGAUUCUUACGAUUACACUAUGUUUCUGGAUUUCAGCCAGUUAUUGGUUUGUGAAAUAUUUGGUACUGUUGUUGCUGGGUUAAAAGUCAUAUUGGUAGUAGAGAAGUUAUUUGUAUUUUAAAAAAGUUUGUAAAUAAACACUGAUGCAGAAUUCAUUGUAUUAUAUUGAUUCUUGACUUUAGGAAGCUAAAUUACUAAGCCUACCUGAGGCCAUUUCUGCCUUUGAAAUAUGCAGAUACCUAACUUCCAUAGAGUUCCAAUGAGAUAGAGGUGCUUCUGUCACUUGUGCAUUUACCAUCUGGCCCAAUAAUAGGUGGUCACUGUUACCCAUUUUUAAAACCUGUUCCUAAACUGAAGAUGGAAUACAUGAACUGGUAAAGGUUUGGUUUUGAUCUACCAGGUAGUUACUGGUCCUAAAAUGAAUAGCUGUGGAAUCUGAUACACUUCUAUUCUAAAGUACCAUGAGGAAAUACUACUAAAAGAAAGAACCUGAUGAC